GAGUUUGUUCGGAAAUGAGCUGGGCGCUUGGACGUCCAAAAGAACGUGCAGCAACCGGCAGUGGGCCCAUUCCUUAGCCCGAGGGUGGCGUAUUGCCACGACUUAUUGCAGCAAAUGAAGAACUGAGAGCAGACUGGGUUUAUGACUGGCAUGCGCCGCUGACAACUACCGUCUGUGCCGCUGGCAUCUGCACUGCACCUCUGUUCUCUGCGCCGCUGGCGUCUUCCCCACCCACACCCCUCUGCAUCACGUGCCCGGCCCGCUUCCGGCCCUGCACCGCUCCGCACCUUCUCCACCAUUACGUGGUUUUAUCACCACCACCAUUUCCAUACUAUUUCUGCCAUUUGCACCACUUUUCCUCCACACAUUUCCCCAUCAUGAGACGCACGUUAGCAUGUCUCCAGAAGGCGGCCACCAGUGCUGGUGCUGCCGCCAGAAUCCCGCCUGUCAAGCUAGCAUACAAGAACAUGCUCCGGGACCCCUCGUCCAAGUACUCGGCCUUCAAGGCUGUAGACCUCCCCAACCGGACCUGGCCCAACAACGCCAUCACCAAGGCACCUCGCUGGCUCUCCACAGACCUUCGUGACGGUAACCAGUCGUUACCUGACCCCAUGUCCAUUCCCGAGAAGAAGGAGUACUUCCACAAGUUGGUCGAAGUAGGCUUCAAGGAGAUCGAGGUGUCAUUUCCUUCUGCGUCGCAGACGGACUUUGACUUCACGCGGUACGCGGUGGAAAACGCUCCCGAGGACGUGGCCAUCCAGGUAUUGACCCAGUCGCGUGAGCCUUUAAUCAGAAGAACAGUGGAAAGUGUCAAGGGUGCGAAAAAGGCGAUUAUCCACACCUACUUGGCCACUUCGGAUGUGUUCCGUGACGUGGUGUUCGGCAUGUCCAAGGAGGACGCCAUCGCCAAGGCCAUCGAGACCACCCGCUUGGUGCGUUCGUUGACCAAGGACGACCCUGCCAUGCAAGACACCGAGUGGACGUUCGAAUUCAGUCCUGAGUGCUUUUCCGACACCCCCACCGACUUUGCCGUGGAGAUCUGCGAGGCUGUCAAGGCUGCGUGGGAGCCUACGGCUGCGCAGCCCAUCAUCUUCAACCUCCCAGCCACCGUGGAGGUGGCAGGACCCAACGUGUAUGCUGACCAAAUCGAGUAUUUCUGUUCCAAGAUCUCCGAGCGUGAGAAGGUGGUGGUGUCGGUGCACUGCCACAACGACCGUGGGUGCGGAGUCGCAGCCACCGAGUUAGGACUUUUGGCUGGUGCCGACAGAGUCGAAGGGUGCUUGUUUGGUAACGGUGAGAGAACUGGUAACGUCGACUUGGUCACCGUGGCCCUCAACAUGUACACCCAGGGGGUUUCGCCUGAGUUGGACUUGAGUGACAUGGAGUCUAUUAUCGCCAUUAGCGAGAAGUGCAACAAGAUCCCAGUGCAUCCCCGCGCGCCCUACGGGGGAGACCUCGUGGUGUGUGCGUUCAGUGGCUCGCACCAGGACGCCAUUAAAAAAGGGUUCGCUAAGGCCGAAGCACGCGACUCCCAGAAGUGGACCAUUCCUUACUUGCCUUUGGACCCCAAGGACAUUGGGCGCUCGUACGAGGCCGUGAUCCGUGUCAACUCGCAGUCUGGUAAGGGUGGAGCCGCCUGGGUUGUUUUGCGGUCGCUCGGCUUGGACUUGCCCAGAAACUUACAGGUGGUUUUCUCGUCUAUCGUCCAGCAGCGCGCAGACUCGUUGGGACGUGAGUUGAAGACCGACGAAAUCAUCCAGUUGUUCAAGUCGGAGUACUUGGCCACGCCUGAGUUGACGCUUCGCGACUUCGAGAUCUCCAAGAACAAGAAGGCGUCCACCGACAACGACAGAGAAAUUUUCCUCGUUUUGGAGACUGCUGGCGGCCAGCAGGUGAACUUGAAGGGCCAGGGCAAUGGGCCCAUUUCUGCGUUCCUCGAUGCGUUGUCGCAAAAGUACGGCACAUUAUUGGAGGUGGUCAACUACUCCGAGCACAUGGUAGGCAAGGGGUCGCAGAGUAAGGCUGCCACCUACGUGGAGUUGAGCUACAUUAACAAGGACAACCAGAAGGUGCGCCAGUGGGGCUGCGGUAUCCACAGCGAUGUGUCGCAGGCGUCGUUCGAGGCCAUUCUCUCCAUUGCCAAUUCGUUGGUGCAGUCCGGCGAGAUUGCUCUUUAGGGGUUUGGGUUACAUAGCGUAGAUCCAAGGUAAUAAAAUAUUCAGUGAUCCAGAAUUGGUAUGGUAAUUAUUAGUAGUGUUCCAGGUAUCCAAGGUAAUAAUUAGGAGUGACGCAGGUAUUGGUUAGAGUAAGAGAUAUUAAAAGGUGAUCAAUUAUCUCAGAUCCACGUAUUAGGAGUAUAAGGAUUUGUAAGGUAUAAAUCAGCAUCCGUACAAAGGUGUAAUAAUUAUUCUGUUGGGCUAGCAUGAUGAGAUCCAGGGUAUAUGGUUAUUUUUGUCGAUUAGCAUGAGAACAAAAGCACAAAAACGUAGGAACCAAG